UUCCUGUAAAAAUGUGUAGUAUGCGGGUCUGGUAUUUGCGACUGGAACAUUUCAUUGGAAUUUGUUAACUGUGUAGCCUGCCGGUUUGAGCAAUAUCCUGGGGGUUGGCUGCGCUGGAAAUGCAUUUUGUCUGUAUUUUUAGUUAGACAGACAAAAGGCUCUCAAAUAGGUAUAGCCUAUUCAUAUGGACAUUCAGAUACAUUUCAUAUAGUUUUACAUAGACUCGACAAAAUGUUAAAAUGCCCGGGGUAAGGAUAUUCCGCAUUUCCCUGAUCUUGGUUUUAAGCCAACAGGUCGUCUCUUACGUUCCUCCUCCCGUCAACGUGAGCCUCAUCUGCCACAAUUUUCACAAUGUGAUCUAUUGGAACUACAGUGAACCAUCUCUGCAGCCACAGUUCAAUGUGGAAAUGACAAGAAAAUAUUCUGGUGCUGCCUUGGUUUGUUCAAACACUUCCCUCUACCACUGCGAUGUCUCCUCAUUUACCAAAGUAAUACUAGAGGGCUACCGUUUCAUAUUGACUGCUGUUGUUGGACAGAAUACCAAUUCCUCCGAAAUUUCAUUCACCUACGAUGAUACAGUGGAUCCAGACCUGUUGGAUGMACAGUGCUCAUUGGAUUUCCCACCUGUCAACAUCUCUGCUGUAUCCGAUCAAAAGAUCAAAGUUCAAUUCAUUCACCCGUUUCACAUCUACAAACAUGCCAUCAUCAAAGAUGAAAGACCGGAUCAUAAGGAAUUUGAUUACAUGGUUAUCACAGAAUAUCACUUGAAACAACACAGCUUUGGCUGCUCCUACAAGCAACACCAUGUGUGUGAGGCUGAAAUACUAGUCGAUGGAGAGKUGGAUAGGCACUGCAUCAAGAUCAAAGGAAAAAUGAACAAUGUUCAUGUCUCAGCUCACCAGAACAUAUGCAUUGAGAGGAAGCAUGGGGAUUCUGGUCCUAACUACACUGCCAUCUACAUUGUGAUCCCUAUCGUUGCCAUGGUGGUGAUUGCGUUCAUCGUGUGGCUUAUAUACAGUAAACUGAGAAGUGGCUCAUUCCCUCAACCAAAGAUUUUGGCUUCCAUACUGUCACAUAUGGGUUCAGUUAGGUCACUUAUGCUCCCCGAGAGAGCCAUCCUGAGUGAGGUACAAACAGGUGGCUCCCCCCUGCUGCAGACCCCCAUGGAAUCUUUGCCAGAUGAGACCCUCACAGUCAUCAAUACCCCCCAGGAAGAGGUCCUCCGUCUCCCCAUUGGACUGAAGGACCAGGAGUGGAGCGGUGGGGAGGUCAUGUUGCCUAACGAGGGGUCAGGCUCUUCACUGCAGGUAACGAGAGAGUUGGGACUGGAGGUGAAGAGUGACUUCUCUGAGCUGUCGGACUAUGACUGCCCCCAUAGACCUGUGAUUAUUCCUGUGAUAGAGGAGAUGAGUCCUGGGGACACUGUUACAGGAUACAAAAUCUGAGUUUCUCAAGAGAAAGGAUGAUAAUAUUUUAUACAUGUAUUUAAACAGGGAAAUCCCAUUGGGACCAUUGUGCCAUUUACAAGGGCGCCCUCCACGCAAUCAUACAAAUGUACAAUUCCUACGCUAUAAAAACACUUAUUUACAAGCAAUUUUAAGAAAAGUAACUUACAAAACACAAUCAUGAAAAACAAACACAUUUGUCUUUGCACAUGCUCAGAUACCAGUCAUUUCCCUGUUCCUCUCAAUAUUUGGGUAGUCUGGUGGAGAUAAAGAGGAUAAUCAAAGGGAUAGCCUUCAUUAUGGUUUUUACAAUUCAUCACUUGGGACUGUUGCCUAAUCAGGGGAACCAGGGAUAGACAAUGUGAAACCCAAGUGGUACACAGUGGUAUUGCAUGCUAGGAACUAGUCGAAAAGAAAUGUCCUCAUUCCUGACCUGCAUGCCCCAUUGUAAUGUUGAAUUUCAUUAGGCCAAAUUAAGACAUUUCCUAUAGCAUCUUUGUACAAAAAAAGCAAGUUCCUCUUAUCCAGAUAUUAUUUUACUGUGCCUUCUUGAGUGACAUUAAUGUUUUCUAAGGUAGCAAGGAAAUAAGGGUUGGGAGUGCAGAAUGAAUAUAUUCAUUGUCUUUUGUCUUGUGCUGUGUAUAUCUGAUCUAUUUGCACUUUUUACAUGGCUCUCAUGCAUGUACAAUGUUCAAAAAUAUUAUUAGGAACAUGUCCUAUUAUAUUCAGAUGAACACGUUAUACCAAUGCAAGGGGAUUGCUAUGGUGAUGAUUUUCUGUUGCUGUAAUUUCUGGUGCCCAAAGGAUGGCAGAUGACGAUAUUGAAUUCAUCUUACUAUCCAAAUGCAUUGUAUGCAGCCAUGGUUAGAGCGUUGGGCUGGUAAUCGAAAG